CUGCAGUACCUCAUCAUUUCCUCAUUUCUUCUCCUCACAUCAUCUCAUUUCACUCCUCCUCCUCCUCAACAGUGACUAAUCCAAGCCAGAAGCCGUAGCCAGCUCAGGUACUCUCAACAUUCUCUGAUUCUGAGCUACUCUACCAAGACCAAGCUACUACUACUACUGUCACUGUGUUACUAGCCAGCUCAGGUACUCUCAACAUUCUCUGAUUCUGAGCUACACUACCAAGACCAAGCUACUACUACUACUGUCACUGUGUUACUAGCCAGCUCAGGUACUCUCAACACUCUCUGAUUCUGAGCUACACUACCAAGACCAAGCUACUACUACUACUGUCACUGUGUUACUAGCCAGCUCAGGUACUCUCAACAUUCUCUGAUUCUGAGCUACUCUACCAAGACCAAGCUACUACUACUACUGUCACUGUGUUACUAGCCAGCUCAGGUACUCUCAACACUCUCUGAUUCUGAGCUACUCUACCAAGACCAAGCUACUACUACUACUGUCACUGUGUUACUCUCAACAUUCUCUGAUUCAUGUCCAGAUCGGUUGGCAGAAUGUCUCUGCUGCUUUGUUGUAUAGUAAUGGCUCUGCACCUGGCAACAGGGCUGGAUGCUGCCCCGGGGGUGGUGAACACUAUAGAGGAGGAGGUGGAAGGGGUGGACUCCCAGUCACCAUGCCCAGCCGGGUGGCAUCAGAAUGAGCAUCGCUGCUUCUCCUUCCACCCCGUCUGGGCCACCUGGGCCACUGCAGAGUUGUACUGCUCCCAGCACAGAGGGAACCUGGUGUCGGUUCACAGCCCGGGUCAACAGGUGUUUGUCCAGGAUCUGGUCAGGAGACACACAGACCAGCCGGUCUGGAUAGGAGGCUACGAUGCAGCUCAGGAGGGGAUGUGGCUGUGGAGUGACGGCUCAGCUGUUGACAGUUUCUACUGGGAGGAGGAUGAGCCCAGUAACUCUGGACAGGGGGAGAACUGUAUGGAGCUACACACUGGAGGUGGACAGGGCUGGAAUGACGUGUCCUGUGGAGAACUGAGGUUCUAUGUGUGUUCUAUGGAGACAAGAUCUGAUUUAGCAUCAUUACCAAGUCAGAAGAAAUCACAUGAGAGAGGUAGGAAUGUCCUGGCCCAUUGCCUCGGCUAGACUAUAAGUUAAUGCUGUUACAGGUGCAGCUCCUUGUUGAAAGGCACUCUCAUGUUUAGAAGAUGACAGCUGUCUGAUCAUUAAUGACACUUGUGAAACAUGUUGAAUGUAGGUCUGGAAUUGUUUUUAAACUAUUAAGCUUUUUGUCCUCCUAGAAAACCUCUUCCUCUUUAACGUAUCUUCAACAUUCUAAAU